AUUCGACACCCUUUACCUUCUCUAAUCGAAUAGAUCGGAACCAAGAUGGGCGACCACGUCCUCUUCUUCUACGGUACCCACUCCCUAUACCCCCCCCCCCCCCUUUUCAUAUUUCAUACAUACAUAUAUAUACAUCCACAUAUCUCUCUCUCGAUAUUGUUUAUUAUUAUAUUAUUAUAUUACAUGGAUAAUAACUAACCAAAGGAACCCUAAUGGCCCCCCAAAUCCUCUCCCGAGUAAUUCACGGCUCCGCGACCCCCGCACCAUGGCAAACGGCUCUGCUCCAAUUCCAUCCGGCCAUAUUACACGGGUAUCGCAGGCACAGGGUACGAGGGGUGGAUUAUCCGGGUAUAAUAAUAGCUGCAAUACCUGCUGCCACUAUUACAGAAACAGAAACAGAAACAACACCAGUAAUGCCGGCAGCGUCAGUUCUCGGAACUCUAGUGUCGGGCCUGACAAACUGCGACCUGCACCGCCUAGACAUCUUCGAGGGGUCCGAGUACGUGCGUGAGAAAGUGAAAGUCCGGAUUCUUCGAGAGACCUUGCUUGGUGGUGAUGAACCUGAACCUGAACCCGAACCCGGAACGGGGCAUACUGGGGCCAAUGUGAAUGCGAAUAGGAAUAUGGAAUUCAAUGGCGGUGGCGGUGGCUCCGAGGAGCAUUUACGGGAGGUGCUUGAGGCCGCCCGCGCCGAGUUUGCAGAUGAAGCGGAGGAAGUUGACGCGGUGACCUAUGUGUGGGUUGCCGGGAGGGACAGGUUAGAGGAUGCAGAGUGGGAUUUUGAGGCGUUCAAGAGGGAUAAGAUGGCGUGGUGGGUUAAUGCGGAUGAGCGGGAUUGGUAGUCGCUUACUAGUAUAUAGAGAGAGAGAGAGAGAGAGAGAGAGAGAGAGAGACGUGGUGAUUGAUAUUAUUGGAGAAUCAAUGGAAUUGUCUAAGGGGAGGUAGUUAUGAU